CUCAGCCAUGAUGAGGAGAGGCCUCCAGGUGGCAACAAGACUUGGCCACCAUAGAGCUCUUCCUAGGACCCCCCAUAUCCUGCCCAGACUUGACUUGGCCUCAGCAUUUGGAUCCUCCACAGACUCCCUGGUCUCAAGAUUCUGUCCAGAAAAGACAGACUUGAAGGAUUAUGCCCUUCCCAAUGCCAGCUGGGGUCCAGACAUGCUGAGUCUAUACCAAGAGUUUCUGGAGAAGACCAAGCCAGGCAGCUGGAUCAAACUACCCUCCUUCAAGUCCAACAGAGAACAUAUCCAAGGGCUCAAACUCCCAUUUGGGUUGGAAACUACCUCAGACAAAAGUGACUGGCGCAUCUUCACCAGGUGCAUCCAAGUGGAAGGACAAGGCUACGAGUAUGUCAUCUUUUUCCACCCAUCCAAGAAGAAGUCAGUCUGUCUUUUCCAACCAGGCCCCUACCUGGAAGGGGCUCCAGGGUUUGCCCAUGGAGGGUCUCUGGCAGCCAUGAUGGAUGAGACUUUUUCUAAAACUGCCUACUUGGCUGGAGAGGGACUGUUCACACUAAGCCUCAACAUCAGGUUCAAAAACUUGAUCCCCGUGGGCUCUCUGGCUGUCCUGAAUGUCCAAGUGGAAAAAAUUGAGGAUCAGAAGCUUUAUAUGUCCUGUGUCGCCCAGAGCAGAGACCAGCAGAUAGUCUAUGCCAAGUCCUCAGGUAUUUUCCUUCAGCUGCAGCUGGAAGAAGAUUCAGCCCAGUAGCAGUCACUAUGACUUCUGCAGAA